UACUCUAUGCGUGCAUCAUUCGUGACAUCGUGACUCCAUGCGUGCGUGUUUAAAAAAAAUCAAAAUGCUACUGUGCAGAACUAAGAAAUUUAAAUUUAAUUAGUUUACAAAUAAUUUAUAGUUACUGGUUUUAUACUGAAGUAAUAAAUAAAGCAUGAAGCAGUCUAGAAGUGAAAUUAUAAGCAACAUUGCAAACGAAUACUUGAGGCGUAGAGGUUAUAUGGACGCGAGUGACGUGGAGCAGCCGCGACCAGCCGUUGUGACGGCGGAGGAGAUGGUAGUGUCGGCCGCUGUCAGCAAGGACACGGACGAGCUGAACGCCAUCCUGUUCAGCUCCAGCAGCACUGACAUCCUGCUGGUGGAUCAGCAGUACACCAAGCUGAAGAACUGGAUCUGCAUCGAGCUGAACGACGAGGUGUGGCAGUUCGAGCUGGUUGCCAUCCUGUGGCCGCUGUUCUGCCACCUGUACCUGGAGAUGCUGCGCGGGGGCUACCGGCCGUCCGUCACCAAGUUCUUCAAGCGGCACGAGCCCAUGUUCGCCACCCGCGAGAACAUGCGCCCGCUGCUCAAGGAGCUGGAGACCACCUACACCGUGCAGGAGAUCGGCAACAAGCCCUUGGUGCAGGUCUUCAGGAGCGGGAAGUACAGGGUGUCUGUUUCGCCGGCGGCCAUGGCGGCGCUGCAGAGACACCUGUCCAAGCAGGAACACAUGCUGCUCAUACAGGUCCUCCAGAGGUGGUUUGACUUUGACAUGGUAACUUUCAACUCCGUGCAAGAGCAAGACGAUGAAGACCUGGUGGAACUCAGCAGGACUGCAGAGAAAGAACAGGCGCCUACUGGUGGCAGCUUAGGGGAGCACACAGAGUUUAGCGAAGUGAAGGAGAUGCUGAAGUUGAAGGAGAUAAUUCAGUGGGUGCACGUGAGCCCAAUGUCACCGUCUCCUUUGCGACUCUACACCGUUCAGAGCUCGGAGAACAAUGUGUACUGUGGCUCAGUGUCUGGUUCGGUGGAGCAGUGCGCCGUGGGCUUCGAGAAUGAGAUACGGCUGUGGAACAUUGUUCCCAAGCGCUUGUGCGUGCCGUACUCGCCUCCUGUACGCCUUGCUUGCGACACGCUCGAGCAGCCGGAGCCGGACAUAGAGCUGACGGAUGCUCCAUCCGUGUCCCUGCGAGGCCACGGGGACAAGGUCAUGGACGUGCUCUUUGUGCAGGAGCCGGAGAGCUCCGAGUUGCUCCUGUCCGUGUCGUACGACACAACCAUGCGUGCGUGGCGGCUUGCGGACAACACCUGUGCCGCAGUCUACAGGGGACACAACUACCCUAUCUGGUGCGUGGCAUCAAGUGUCUUGGGUAUGAACAUAGCUACUGGGUCACAUGAUCGCACAGUGAGGCUCUGGUCCUUUGAUAGGACCUUCCCUUUGAGGGUUUUGGCAGCGCACACAAUGGAUGUUGAGUGCGUGAAGUUCCACCCAAACGGUAUGCUGUUGGCGAGCGGAUCCACGGACAAGACAGUGCGGGUGUGGAACGUGUACGACUCGAAGCUGGUCAGGAUCCUGGUGGGGCACAAAGGUGCCGUCCAAGCCGUGGCGUUCAGCCCCGACGGGAAGCACCUGGCCUCUGCAGGGGAGGACAGGCGGGUGCUGGUGUGGGACCUGGCGGCGGCCAGCGUGGUGGCCCAGUUCCGCGGGCACUCCGCCCCGGUCACCGCCCUCUGCUGGACGGGCGACAGCGAGUUGCUGGCCUCGUGCGCGCGCGACGGCUCCGUGCGCGUCUGGAACGCCAAGUGCUACACAGCGGCCAAGUGCAAGCCCUUUUUGUCAACCCCAGAUAUCUGCAAGUACUCGCUGGGAUGCUCCAGUAUGCUGACUGUACAGUACACACAACAGAACAGCUUGGUGUGCGUGGGUGUGAAGUGAGGCUGCCCUUCGAAAGUUGCAGUCUUCUCUUGUCUGGCAUGACAGAGCAUUAGGAUAGUUGUCUUAAGUGUUUUAUCUAGAGCUGGGCGGGAUAGGGAAAUUCGGUUCUAGAAAAUUUUGGACUGGGAAAAAUAAACAUUCCCCGUUGGAAAAUUAUUUGGGGUUAUGAAUUUCAACUAUUUUCAUACUAUUUCAAAGGGCAAAUGUUCUUUUGUUUAAGUCACGAUGGCCACUACCCAUGGCAUGUUAUAAAAAUGUUUACACAUUUAAUGUCUAAAAUUAAUUUUUAUGUGUUGGAAGAAAUAUGUUUCAGUAAGGUAAGU